CAAAUCGAUAGAUUUAAAAAAAAAAAGAAAAAAAAAAGGGGGGGUCCGCUUCUUUUAUUUUUAUUUUAUUCUGUUGAUUAGGACCGGGAAUGGAAAAGUGCAGUUUGGUUACCUUCCUGCGUUUCCCUCCUACCAAGCCUGUGCCUGCAUUCCGGUUUGGUAAGUGCCAACGUCAGCAGUGUCACGUCAGCAACAGUGCCACGUCAGCAACAGUGCCACAUCAGCAGUGCCAUGUCAGCAGCAGUGCCAUGUCAGCAGCAGUGCCAUGUCAGCAGCAAUGCUAUGUCAGCAGCAGUGCCACAUCAGCAGUGCCAUGUCAGCAGCAGUGCCAUGUCAGCAGCAGUGCCAUGUCAGCAGCAGUGCCAUGUCAGCGGCAAUGCUAUGUCAGCAGCAGUGCCAUGUCAGUGGCAGUGCCAUGUCAGCAGCAGUGCCAUGUCAGCAGCAGUGCCACGUCAGCGGCAGUGCCCCAUCAGCAGCAGUGCCACAUCAGUGGCAGUGCCACGUCAGCGGCAGUGCCAUNGCAGUGCCAUGUCAGCAGCAGUGCCACGUCAGCGGCAGUGCCCCAUCAGCAGCAGUGCCACAUCAGUGGCAGUGCCACGUCAGCGGCAGUGCCAUGUCAGCAGCAGUGCCACGUCAGUGGCAGUGCCAUGUCAGCAGCAGUGCCACGUCAGCAGUACCAUGUCUGCAGGGACCCGCCACCAUGACUGGUUCAUCAUUGGGCAUGCACACGACAAG